UGCUCCCAGCUUAGUCAGUGGCUGAUCGACGGUAGAUUCGGUUGUGUGUCCUAAAGGUUUACUCACCAUACCUUCCCCGCGUAGGUCAGGGGGAUAUCCUUGCCCUAACUAUUGACAACAUACUAAGCGGUCACUGGACGGGACUGGUGAUCGGUAGCAUUUGACCGCGGAAAGGUGCAAAAAGGUGAACAAAAAAAACUAGACAGUGGGAAAGCUCGAACGCGCGCGUAACACGCGAGUGUCAACGAAUUGCUCCAGUUUUAAGUUUAAAGUUUUAAUUAGUGAUAAUCAGUGUGUAUCAGUGCGUAUCAGUGCCUUACGCCAAUAGAAGAGGCUACAACAUUGGUGAAUAGAAGCUUGAUAGAGCCACAGACACAAAGAAACACCGAAGGUAGCAACAAUGCAAACCGUGGUGGAAAAAUUGCGAUUUCUCUACAAACCGUACGUCCUGGCGGUGCUGACUAUUGGAUACAUUGCGGGAGAACUUGGCCACUACCUGAUUGGAGUUACCUCGAAGGCAACCGCCAUCGAGCUGGACUACGGUGACCAUGCCUGCCAGCAGAACCAUACGGAGGUCCAUCGUCACAUGCUGCCACAGCAGUGCGCAGAAAUCGACGUCGAGCAUGACUGCCACCGACUACAUCUGAACGGGACCGUUUACUGCGAAUGGAACUACAAUGGAUUGGGCCUAGAGUAUCAGCUGCUAGCCGGGCCCAGUUUUAUUGCCGUAUUCACGGUGAUGGGUGUCGUUCUCGGUUUUGCUGCCGACAGAUUCAACCGAGUUCGGCUACUGACUUUAUGUACGGCGGUGUUUGCGGUGGCAAUCGUCUUUCAGGGCACGGUUAAAGGCUACUGGCAGUUGAUUCUGCUGCGUAUGCUUAUGGCUGCUGGAGAAGCUGGCUGUAAUCCGUUGGCUACCGGAAUCAUGUCGGACAUUUUCCCCGAAAGCAAACGAGCGCUGGUGAUGGCAAUCUUUAACUGGGGUAUCUACGGAGGGUACGGCAUUGCUUUUCCGGUGGGACGCUACAUUACCAAGCUGAAUCUGUGGGAUCUUGGAUGGCGUGUUUGCUACUACGGAACCGGAGCACUGGCGGUCCUUAUGGCCAUUCUGACUGGAACAACGUUGAAAGAACCAGAACGGAAAAGCAUUGGCGAGGAAUCGACGAACAAAGCAAAGGUUCCUCUCGUAAAAGUUUUACUGCAACCGCGUGUCAUUCUGCUGAUGAUUGCCGCCUCCAUUCGACACUGCGGAGGUAUGACCUUUGCGUACAAUGCGGAUCUGUACUACAACAUCUACUUCCCGGAUGUUGAUCUCGGUUGGUGGCUGUUUGCCGUUACUAUCGGUAUCGGCAGCAUAGGAGUGGUGAUUGGUGGCAUUGUAUCGGACAAAUUCGUUGCCAAAAUGGGCAUCCGUUCCCGGGUGGCUUGCCUCGCUAUCAGCCAAUUGAUUGCCACACCGUUCGCUUUCGGUUCCGUGUACUAUGAACCACUGUGGGCGAUGAUCACCCUAGGCAUCAGUUACUUCUUCGCCGAAAUGUGGUUCGGUAUCGUGUUCGCCGUUUUGGUGGAGAUUGUGCCUCUGCAGGUUCGCUCCACAACCAUCGGAGUGUUUCUGUUUGUGAUGAACAACAUUGGUGGUAACCUGCCAAUUUUGGUGGAUCCUCUGGCCAAGGCAAUCGGCUACCGGGGUUCAGUGAUGUUCUUCUAUGCCGGUUUCUACGGAAUCAGCAGUUUGCUGUUUCUAUUGACGAUGUUCUUCAUGGAGGGCCCAAAACCGGUCUCAGUCGAUGAAGGGCGCAGUCAGGUCGAGAUGGGCCACGAAAAUAACACAUUCCAGCCGGACGAUUUCAUCAACGGCGUUGGUGGACCAAAGCCGAACGGAUAUGGCGCGGUUGGAAAACGACCAGCCGAGAGCAGUAGACUGUAACAAAGUGUGGAGCAGAGUUAUGCUAGGCUAGUUUUAUCGAAAAAAAUUUUCAACAAACAAUCGGAUACUGACGUAUAGUCGUAAAAUGGGACUCAACAAUCGAAUCUAUCGAACAGGGAUCUGAAUGAUAUAUAGUUUUAGGUGUUUUCAAGAUAUGAAGACUUUUGCUUUGUUGCAAAAGAAUCUCUUCUAGCGAUAAGUGCUUUAGAAGCGUAAUCUUUCGUGUUUGUUAUUGUAUAGCAGAAUCGUACAACAUCAAAGUGCUAGACGUGAUCCGUCCACGUAGUCGCUUGUAUUUAAGUAUGUAAGCCAUAACUUAUAAAUGUUUAAAAACACUAAGAAGAUACUUUUUAAAUAAACCAGAAGUAAUAGUUUUA